AUGCCAAACCGUCGAGGCUCUAGCCAAGAUGAAGCCGCGUUUCGGAAACAAUUCCAAGAGGUACAGGAGGCGCUGGCGCUGCUCGUAGCAGUGGAGCACGCAGACUACCACGCGUACGAUUAUAUCCUCGCUCAUUGGAGUGGAGUCAUUCGAGGCAGAUUUGGUGAAGAACUCAACGCAGUCUGCUUUGAGAGGAAGUUUUUGCUGGAUUUGGAUGUAGCCAAGUACGAGAACCAGACCGGCGUCGAAGCUAUCGCGUACGACCUCGUACGAUUUUGCGGUACACGUCAACGCGAACACCCCGGCGAGGAAUAUCUGUCGGCUUUGCGUCAGAUCGCAGCUCUGGACAAGAAUUUGAAGCCAGGGGAGCCUGGCGUGGACAUCAAAAUCCCAGUGAAGUUGCAAUUUUCGAGCCAUAUGAGUGGAAUGCCGGCUUGGAAUUCUCGUAAUGACGCCAAGAUACUUGUAGGUGUCGCGGAGGCUGAGAAGGAGAUUGAGACGCAAUGGACGACGUACAAUGGGGGAGAGGAAAAGAAGGCGCUGGAGCCUGGAACACUUCGCUGUACUUUUGUUCUGGAGCCGAUGGCGGCUGAAUUCGACGCAUUCGGCUCUCGCACGGAGUUCGACGGCCUACUUCUAUUGAAGAACGGGGUGUGGUUCUCCUUUCUGGACAUCACGUUGAGUAUUGAUCGUACGGGUCGAGGCCACGAGCUUGAGGCUCGGAAGUCCCUCGGAUUCCUUCUCACUCAUCUGCUGACAAGCAAGCGCCACGACCCGAAGCAUGCUCAUAUUAGUUACCACUUGGAGCGUCCUUCGAUAGCUCAAGAUCCAGGAUUCUCGCAGCUGAAAGUUCUGAAACUCACGUGUGAGGCGACAAUGCCAGCUCGGGACUUUGAGGCGAUGUGUUCGGCGCUGGUGGCGACCCGAUCGACGAAGAAGCUUGCGCUGGAACUGGACAUCGACACUGAGGACCCCACGAACCGGAAUCACUGGUGGAAAUGGCUCGCCUACGCUCUGUUCUCUAAGCGAGCUCGUACUUGCUCCACGCUGAAAACCCUCAUCAUCCCUGAAUUAGGACGGCUGACACGAGUGGGUGGAGUUCUCAUUGCGGGAUUUGGUCGUUGUCAAGUUCAGCGCUGCGACUUGGAAUUCGAGCGUGAAUCGCAAGCAAACCGGAGUGCGAGUGGUAUCACGUCGCUUACACUUGGUUUCCCCGAGUCGCACAUUGCGACGGUGUUGGCGGUACCUCCGUUGAUUGAAGCGAUUGGAACUUCCUUGAAGGUGUUGAUAGUGAACGGCCCAAAAAUUGUCCAUCCACGAAAUGUUGACGAGAACGCGAUCAUCCGAAGCUGCCCCAAUCUACUGGAGCUGACACUUGCUAGGGAGAUAAUUGAGGUCCAGCUCGACUUUCGCGACUACCGUGCGACCAAGUCACCGAUACCAAAACUGACUUUCUCGUGGGUUUCGGUUCCAGAAUUCGUCGGCUAUCUCAGUGACCCUGAAAAUCCUCUGACCAAGUGUGCCCGCCGCCUGAAGGUGUCUCUACAAACGUGUACUGUUCCUCUGGAGCAGCUCGAAUCUGGCAACGCACCAAGCUUCCGGUACUAUGUGGAUGCGAUUGUGAGUAUGCUGGAGAGGAACGAAAGGCUGGAAUACCUGUCCGUCGAGUCACCCUAUAUCAGAUACUUUUCAGAUUCCGGAAGUUUCCACCAUAAGCCAAUCUUUAGACAACCCAAGCCACUUCCGAAGAAGUGCAUGCUCGCGUUCUUGAGUAUUCUCGAGUCGAGAACAUCAACGGAUUCAACAGAGAGGAUGGAGGCUCAAACGUCCGAGGCGAUGGUUGGGGAUAUUGAUCAGCAUGUGGUGGCGAAGAGUUUCUCGUUUGCGGCCCUACCCGUUCUCCGCGAAGUUUAUUUCGAGUCGAAUCAGGGGUUAUCAUGUCUGUGGAUGAACGCGGACAACUACAGCUACAAGGGCGACACGGCCGUUUCUUUGAUGCGUACCACAGAAGCGAACGAGAUCGUACGUGAUAGCUUCGACGUCGUUAUCCACGUCCACAUCGAGCAGGAACUCCACCGCCAUCCUCACAUCGCCUCGCUGAAUUCCACAUCAAUGAGUGAGGAUAAAGUCAUAGUCUGCGUGUUCGACUGCUGCCAGCAGCAACAGUGUCUCUUCAACUUUCUGGAAUUGGUGCCGAAACGCUGCUUCAUCUUGGCUCGAGCCUCGACGGGUUGGCAUGGUGAUCCGGUGAACGAUGUCAGGGGCGGUCCAAAUAUGCUCGCGAGCGCUGUCAGCCGCAGGCAGGGUGUGACCAAUGCAGGACUUCAACGCAGCCCACCAUGGAGAUAG